AUGGGGGAGACUGGACUCUUACGCGGGCCUGGCCCUCAGUCAGGGAAACGGACCGGGCAAAAGAAAGCAGAAAGAAGCCUUCCUGCAGCAUCCGGACAUGCCCUCAGAUCAGUUCCCGCCCUUGCUCCGCCUUUGGAGAUCGGGCUGAACGUUGGCAAAGGCCUUCGAACUGUGCAGCCGGACGUGUCGGAAACUGUUGAUCCUGUUCCUCCUCCUCCUUCCAUACCGGAAGAUGGCAACGCUGCCGAUGAUACUUGGGACAUCAGCGUCGUCGACGAGGAUCCAAUGGAACAGACGAUGUCGGCGAACGCUUCCUCAACCGCCAGCCGGCCACGGCGGAAAUCGCAGGUGACCCAUGAUGUGCAGAAUUUGUUGCAAGAUGCAAUGCAGCCUCUCUCUUUCCGUGCCAACUUCGUCCGAUUGGUGAAGCGAUACAUCGACUAUGUUGCCGGAGUAAUGGUUCUCCUCAAUUCCCUGGUUUUAAUCGCAGAGCUGGAAGUCGAAGGUCGAUCCAUUGCCUUUGAAAUUGACUUGCCCUCUGGCGAGGAUUUGAGAGCCUACCUCCCUGCAUUGCGUGGCAUCGAUGCCGUCUUCGUCCUCGUUUUCCUGGUGGAGUUGGUUUUUCGGCUGCUCUUCGAGCGACUAAAGUUCUGCUUGGACCUAGCGAACAUCUUUGAUGGUGUCUUGGUGCUGCUCGGCCUGAUCGACAUGAUCAUCAGCAGGCCUUUCACUGGAGGUGCCGUGCGGGAUGAGGACAUCGCCCUACUGAAGCUGACCCGAGCUCUGAAAUCCCUUCGGGCUGUCCGAAUCUUGCGGAGCUUCCGCUUCGUGCGCGGGCUCCGAGUGCUCGUCAAAGCCUGUCGCUGUUUCCUUCCGUCACUUUUCUGGUCCAUGGCCCUUCUCGCAGUCUUUGUGGCCAUGGGAGCGCUGACGUUGGGGAACACAUUGCAAGUGUACAUUCUGGAUGACACUCUCGAGCACGAAGACCGGCAGUGGCUGUGGGAUCACUAUGGUACCUCGCAGAGGUCAUCAUGGACACUUUAUGAAGUGACUUUCGCAGGGAACUGGCCCACGAAUGCGCGGCCGGUCAUGGAGAAAGCUGACAACAUCUUUGCGUUGUUCUUCCUUGUGUACAUCACAAUCAUAGUAUUCGCGCUGAUCCGUGUUAUCUCCGCGAUUUUUUUGAAGGACACCUUAGAUGUGGUUCAAAACGAUGCGGAACACAUGGUGGUAACCCGCCUGAAGAAGCGGAACGAGGAUAUUGCGAAGCUGGAGGGUGUAUUCCGUGCCAUCGACAAGUCUGGCACAGGCCUUAUCAACGAGGAGCAGCUUGCGGAGAUACUGAGUCAGAGCGCCGUCAAAGAUUAUUUGCAGUCGAUGGAUCUCGAUGUGCACGAGGGGCGCGCGCUUUUCCACAUCCUGGACAACGGGGAUGGGGAAGUUACUUUAGAUGAGUUCAUAGACGGUAUUAUGAGAUGCAAGGGGCCAGCUCGUGCAAUCGACCAAGUAGCUAUGAGCGCGGACAUGAAGAAUUUGGACAAGAAGGUGAACAUCAUCAUACAGCAAUUGGGCGGUCGAGAUGUCUCCGCUUCCAAAUCGGUUGCGCCCACGCCGUCGCCCAGAACCGAAGUGUUGCGGCGGCAAAAGUCUCAAGCAGCAUAUCUCAAGCCAUUCAGACUCGACAUGGACAACGAACAGGGUUUUCUCGCGCGGAGGGCCUCAUUCGGAAUCUGA